AUGCAUCCCUCCGCCAUCUCACUCUUAGCUGCGCUAUCUCCGAGAUAUGUCGGCAGUGCCUUAACUGCUGCUAUCGUGGAGGAAACUGCAGUUGAUCUUACAUUCCAAGGCCGCUGGCCACCGACCGGCAUUCAGCACCAUGAGACGUCUCUAGGAAGUCUCCAGGGAGUAUCAGACAAUAGCGAAGAGAGGGCGUUUUCUGGUGCUGACGCGGCACUGCGUCUGCUUGGGGAGAUUGGAGAAAGAGGACGGCCCUUGCACGCCAACUUUGUGGCAGCAUCUCUAAAGACAGUCGAUGGUGCCCCCUACUUAAUGUCUUGA